UUGUGAUAGUCAUUUCAGAUCCGUGGAUUCCUCUUCUCCAUUUCAAUGGCAAAUUAAACCCCAAAAAUUCCAAGUUACACAAAAAUCAGAACCUCAAACAACCAUUACAAAGCCCUCCCCUCGCCCUCUUAGAUCUGACAAUCUCUUCUCCACUACUUCACAGUCAACUUUCUCUUUCAGUUUCGGGUAUUUUCCUUUCUCGCUUUCUCUAGAAAAUCACUGUCAAACUCUUUUGUUAUCUGGUUUUAGCUUUUAGAUUUUCAGUUUUUACUUUCUCGAUUUUUUAUAAAUUUUAUUGUGUUUGUUGAGGAAGAUCUGGAAAUAAAUCGAUGUUCAAAUUGGAUCUAUCUUGGAGAAGAUCGUCCAGUCGUUAUAGUGCUUUUCGUGCAGUUCGGGGCUUAAAGUUGUGAUCUUUGACGGUGGAUCUGCUGCAAUUGGCAUAACUCGUAAAGAGUAGUAGUUGUUUAACUCAGUGAUGGAGACUCUCGUUGUUGUGGCUCAACACAAGAAUCAAUAUUACGGCAGAGUCAAGCCAAACGGGUCGGGUCGGUCUAGAAACUUCAGAGAUGUUAACUGUAGGGCUUUCGAAUCCGGAGCAGGUAUACUCCCAACCCCGAUCAGUACUUCUUCUGCUUCUGUGACCAAAAGAUCAUCUUCUUUUGUUUCGUUUAAUUCUUCAUCUUCGUCAAAAACACCAUCAUCAAGUGUUAACGGAAACGUGAACUCUGUGGACAACAUCCCAACGAAGUCGAAAACCAGUGCUAGAAGCAACCCUAUAGCUAUCAACAUGAAAACCCCAAGAAAUGAGAGACCUUUCACUGGGAAACUCCUUGGUGAGUUUGAAACCCUCUCAUUGUCUGAGCUGUGGGCCGGGCCGGCUUACUCCAACUCGCCGCCGCCGAGCUCUUUGCCGAUUCCCAAGUUUUCCUUGCAGCCGAAACGCACCGUUUCACUUGAUUUGCCAGUAAUGGCUGAUGAGGCUGCUGUUGAAAUGGAUCGUCCAAUGGCUAAAUCUGCACCCUCGUCACCAACCAGGGAUCUUAUUGGUCGUACUAGGGAUAUAUUUCUUAGUGCUGACUCAGCGACAAAGACUCUGCGUCGCAUUCUCAAUCUUGACAAUGUCGAUGAGUGAAGUAGAAGGAGCUUUAUGCGCUCCUGUAAAUAACUUUAGCUUCUGAAGUGGGUUAGUGUUAGAUUGUAUAUACAGUUGAAGAAAAUAAAGAGUUGGGUUGGUAGUGCAAGUUGGUAUGCGGUCGUUUCUUUAGCUUUUGAGUUGGGUUGGUAGUUUGAGUCGUACGGGGUUGUGUUUUGUUUGUGUUGGUGUAGUGGAUGGCUCUGGUGGGUCAACAAUCUCCAGAUUUUUCAUUUGAGAUUGAUGUGGAGUUGGGCAAGGUUAGUGUAACAUGGUGUGGCUAAACGGAGGGAAGUUGACUUGAAUGGGAAGCAGAAGGAAUAUGGGAGUCGUGGUGAUGAAUGCAUGCCUGCAAUCUUAUUUGGCGUGGGAUGGAGCAAUUAACUACUAUCUAAGCUACUGGGCUGGAAGAAAAAUUACGUCUUUGUUAGAUUUGGAAUCUAUGAUGAUAACUUGUCAGUAUAAUCUAAUCUCUCAGGGUAAAACUGUUGAUUCUCACAGUCAUGGACUUAAGCACAAGUUCUUAGGCCUCUAGUGUUAGAUACCGUGUAUAUAUAGUAGAUACCUUGAUUAGACCAUUCACAAGUUCUUUAGAUCUCUGUUUAUUCUUGUUAUUCAUCUCUAUCUCCUUGAUUUCGAUUUCAAAACCCUUUCUUUUUCUAUCUGAUAAUCUUACAUCGAUUAGGCUCUUUGUUUCUUAGUUAACUGUGUCAAUUGGCAACUUAUAUGAUCCUUAUAUUGUAACUCUUCUUCUUGGUUCAACCUUCCCUCAAUUAGAUGCUCAGCAAUCAAGCAUCUCUUCUUUGUAGUCACAAUUUCUUACUAUAUCUCGUUUACUUAGAAUCUUAAUCCUUUGUAUACAUGUGUUUCUUCCCCUUCACCACAUUUUCGUGUUUUUUGAGAGGGAAAAGUGGGAGGGGGAAGUGAAAGUAGUUAUUUGCCACUUCUGCUCCUUUAAGUUAAGCUCAAUCCGUGUUGCUCUGUCCUGUUCUAAGUACUAUUAGUUUCUUGUUCUUCUGAGUUGAAACACCACUUGUCUCCUGGUCUUCGAAAAGCUUAUUUUCCUUGGAGAUUCGUUGACUGUUGCCAAGCCAUUUACAAGGGUACCAUUGUGAGAAGUGUUUGGAAGGCUUUCUCAGGACUAGAACAUGUUCGUGAUAGUUAUGGUCUUGACCGUUAAGUCUUGUAUGGAACCAUAUGCAGUGUCUGUGUCUUUCUUGUAAAGAACUGUAUGCAGUUCUCGUGAUUUCGUGUAAUCAAUGUAUGCUGUUUCCGAUAUAUGCAAUCUCUUUUUCUUUUCACCUGUGUCUUAAUACUGCAUGUUAUCUUUGUCUUGCGGUUAUUGUACCAGGAGUCUCUUGAAGCAGAGGAGUCAAUAUGUAGUGUCAGACUAAGAUGUUCACUCUUCUUAUUGAGUCAAUAUGUAGUGUCAGACUAAGAGGUUCACUCUUCGCAAUUACAUGUUAUGUUCUGAUAGCAA